GUAAACACUCAAGACAUUUUUUAAUUAAAGUUAAGCAAUUACAGGCAAUUUCAAAUAAUUGUUAUUUCAAAACGCGUGACAGCGUUUCUUUUUAGAUCUCUCGCCUUGUUAGCCGCCGGCUUUUAGUUACCAUUAGAAUCGAAAGGACGUGACAGGUAGAAACCCAAAUCUCGUUAGCGUGUGCUUUCUUUUCUCGUUUAUUAGUCCAUCUUCCGUUCUGCCCUUUAAUCUCCCAAUGCAUGCGAUGAUUCCUAGAAACUUCUUGAUCACUUAUCUUUCGUAUUCUUAUUAAAGAAGAUAGAUCAUUCCUGAUUUCUCAUAAAUUUUGUACGUAAAGGGAGAUCAAAUUGCUAUCGAUUUCGAAACACAAUUCAUAAUAAAAAGUAUUGUAUACGUAUCUUUUUCCCUUAUGGAAUUGUGUUUCGCGAUUGUCAACAAUUUGAUCUCUAAAGGAUCAAAUUGCAAGGGAAUAACACGACAUGUGACUGUACUUAUGUAAAAGUAACAAUUGCAAUUACUUCUUGACAGUUUGACAAAUAAACACGUAUUCACAUAUAUCUGCAUUAGUAUUUUAAGAUAUAAGAACCGUAGUAUAUAAUACCGUAUUAUUAUGUUAAUCUACGCAAAACGACAAAUCUAUGCGAAGUCUUAAUUAGCUCUACUCGCUUUAAAUCGAACUUCCUUCCUGCCGAAAAUACAUCGCGUAGAAAAGACCUUUUUUAGCAAGUAGGUAGCGUGCAAAAUAUCUCGCGAGUAUGCGUGCCAAAUUUACUCACGGAUCAGAAAAGGGAUAUGUACGAGGUACCUUAAAUGGUAAUGCCCCAGGCUUUUGCCCUCAAAUCGCGAUCUCUCCGGAUUUCAUUUUGUCUCUCUCUCUCUCUCUCUCUUUUAUCUCUCUCUCUUUAUCUCCUUUUGUCGCUUCCUACCAUUCUAGAGACACGUGCGCACUUUGCGUCUCUCAUUUCUUCUACGAUACGCCAUCAAGCAACGUAAACGUAUCUCAUAUUGAUCGAAUAUCUUCACGAAGAAAGGUCGUAAAGUUGAUACGUGACGCCAAGGAAUUGGAUGGUUCAUCGCGCUAAGUUUCCCCGUGUGUUAUUUUAAACAUGUCUAUUGGCACCUGUCUGAUUUUGAACAAUCCUAGUUGACGUAAUCGUUCUUUGCUCGUAUAAAUCACUGUCUCGUAUAAAUCUUUUCAUUGCCACUGUUUUCCUUCACGAAGACAUCGGAGGAUAAUAACACGCGUGCAAUAUGGUAAUACGAGCAAUACGAGCGAGAUGGAUUCUAAAAAUUCUCAGUCUAAUCAUAUUAGAAGCAUUACGUACACACUACAUUUAUCUUCCUUUGAAACUGUGAACGCGAAGACUCGUCGAUACGACGUUAGAUUAAUCUUACUCACGAGCAGGACGGAGAUUUUUCCUCGUUCUCGAGGAACUUUUGUACAAAAAAAAUCGCGAGGUAAAAAUUAUUGCCGAACAAUGACAAUUUCUCACCGACGUGUACUUUCAACUUUAUAUAAUUUUGAUUCUUUUCUUUCCAAUUUUUUUACAGUUACGCAAACGCCCAUUUCUCCACAAAAUAUUCAGUUUCUUGUUCGGUGCCUGAAAGACGGUCUGUCAAAAAAAAUUCACGGUGUUCUCUUUUCCAUCUGCAGCCUUUUUGCGGCGAGUCAAUUUUGCUUGCACGCGAACCUUACGUGCAGAAUGCAUACCUCGUGAAACGUGGUAUUUCUAUCACAAAGGAACGUAUUCGAGCAAUAAUGUCCCUUUCGGGCAGCGCCGAAGACGAAUUCUAGCACGCGAAUGACGAAAUGUACUGUUAAACGUAGUACAUACAAUGUACGUGUUAAGCACCCGGAAAUUCGAAAAGCUAGGAGACUCGAGUAUAUAUACAUUUGUUCAGUGUAAUUGAACGUGCAAUGAGCACAGAGACACUUCUAACGGUUUUCAACGUUAAAAAACUAUGUUACUGGACGCUUUGUCAUUUGCGAAAUGCGGACAUUUCUCUGAGGGAGUUACGAAUUUAAUUACGCUUUUCUUUCGUUUGCGGAUUCUCGGAUAAAACGUUUUGCCCGAGUUCUUCGUUAAUUUAUCGCUAUAACGUAGCUAAAUCUACUUUUUUAUUAAAAAAGAAAGAAUAAUUUAAUUUUAUGCAGACUAGAAUAAUUAAAUUCCUCAUUGCAUAUUUUCGAUUCUAGCAUAUUUUCGGUUCUAAAAUUAUGUUUUACUGAAUAAAAGAUUCGCGGAUCUUGCACGAAAAAAGAACAGCGUACAAUAGAUCGAGCAUGAUCCGUUAUUGCUACGAUCGACUUCAAAUUACAUUUCAUUCGGAGCAAUCAAUGACGCGUGGAUAAAUAGAUAGCCGACAUGCGUAAAAUGCUAGAGCGUGCUCCUCUCAAUCUCUCAGCUGGGUCGUGUCCCCUUCGGCGAAAUGUUAUGAAUAUUGGUUAAGAAAUCCUAGUUUAUACCUACAUUUAGAAUGCUACAUUAAACAAGAGAUGUCUGAAUUGUAUUCAUAUCUAAAUAUAAUGUAAAGACCGCAUGCAAAAAAAAUAAGAUAAGAAACGUAAUCACUUUUACCAUUUAAAUUCAUGAUUGAAAAGUCUAAUCGUUCGCCUAAUACUCCAAGGUACACAGAUUGUCGUUCGCUUCUCACGCGACGUUUACGUGUACGUCUCGUACGUGCGUGCGUGCGUGCGUCCCGCGUGGUACGGUGAAGGCAAUGGCCUGGACAGGUAUGUGGGUGAUGUCCGUUUUCUCGAGUAUCGGGCUUAAAGACGAGGACGGAAGACCGCUGGAUUUAUCUACCGAGUAUAUUCGAUAAAGAGAGAGAAAGAGAGAGAAAGAGAAAGAAAGAGCCUCUUUCCCUUUCGUGACUCUUCGUCCUCGUGUUCCCGCUUCUCUCCGCUCCUCUCGCGGGACGGACUCUCGCGAGAGUCCCGCUAUCCCUCUCCAGCUCCCGGAUCUCAGCGGCGGCGAGAUCCCGCCGUGCUGCGGCGUCUGCGGCACGGCGUCUAGAGGCUUAAUGAAACGUCGAACGGAAUCGAAUAUUUCUCAAGUUACUGGCCGUCUAUUACUCCUCGCCUCAACAAGCGUAUGCGCCGGGUAUUCGCAUGAAUUAACCUUUGUCCGGACAGGUCACGCGUAAUUCUCCCGCCUCGCUUCUCCACUUCUACGAAAUGGCUCCUGGUCCGCGGCCUUUGCGUCAAUUAUGCGGUGUUAAUAGGUUCAUUGAAUGAUCGAAGGAACGAUGUCGAGUUACCGCUUUGAAUCGGCACAAUGUGACGUGCAUAAAGUACUUUGACGCUUCAACAAUUUAACCUGAUGAUUGUUGUAGCGGAUGUAGAACAUCGCUCAACAAUAGUAAACAAUUUUAACGAAAUAUCCAUUGUACAAAUUACAAUAGAAACUUUAUUGCAAGUUUGCAAACUUUUAAAAAUAUUUAUCGUAUAUAUGUAUAUAUAUGUAUAUAUUCCAUUUUUUUAAGGAAAAAAAUUUUUUCUACAAAUUUUAAUGCAGUAUUAGAUAAUUAACUUGCUAUGCGUCUAAUGAUAGCAGUAAAAAUAUAAUUACGUCUCAACAUUUUUCAUCAAAUUAUUCCUAUGCACGUAAGAAAUGUGCGCGUCAUGCGAGCGCCUAAUGGAAGAUGUCCAGCUUGAAGGAGCGUUUGCGUGGUUCCGUAUAGUACAGGCGUGUGUGUAUAUAAGUGACGGUUUUCCAUAUUUCGAAGUCAUUGUGCGGUCUCUGGCUGUCGAGGUUGUCUUUACUAAAAAGCCGCAGUUGCGCGUUGUCGUGACUUGUCGUAUAACGAGAACAGGUGCACUGACGCCAAUUUCAAUGACGCACAUUAACAUCCAUCAAUUUGUAUUGUUCCUUUUAUUGUGUAUCCUUCAGUACUGCCGAUGUCUUCCCGCCGGUUCUCAAAACAUCGCAGAUCCGGUGGUGGUCGAAAAUCAGGAAUGGCGAACGUAUCCUCGACAUACGGAACUGCUUCGAUUUUCGGGAAACAUUUCUCAUCCGUAUCUUCGCGAUAAACGCGAUCUAAAGAAAACUUAUCAAGCUUGUAUCGCGCCAGGUAACCGAGACGGCCACUGCAAGCAUUUUCAAGCUGGAUGCAUGGCUCUCACUGCAUCUCGGUCACUGAAGGACUUUGGCUUGAAUCUUGUGGACUAUAUGUGCAUAAUUGAGGAGACGUACAUUGGUUUGUGCUGUCCAGACAGCCAGGAAAGUAUCGUGAACGAAAACACAAUACGAUCGAAAAAAUCAUUCUACGAUAAUUUAGCUAGCAAGUUACCGACGAUUGCGAAUCUCGAUGACAAUGAGGAAGAGUGGGAUGAAACCUACAGAAACGAGGACGAGAAUAGGCUGUCUGUCAACAAGACAGGCAAUGCGAAUUUGCGGAAAGACCUGAUGCCGGCCAAGCAAGAGACUAGGAAGCCACGAAAGCCUAGAGGGUGCGGCACUACCGCGAGAACAAAGACCAAAAUCGCGGGUGGCCACCCUGCUAAUCCUAAAGAGUGGCCGUGGAUGGCGGCUCUUCUCAGACAAGGUGCGAUUCAGUAUUGCGGAGGUGUAUUAAUCACCGAUAGACACGUACUUACCGCCGCACACUGUGUUUACAGGUUCAAAUUACGCGACAUUACCGUGAGACUCGGCGAGUAUGAUUUCACAACGUCCGAGGAGACGCGGGCGUUGGAUUUCACGGUGUCGGAGAUACGGAUACACAGGGACUUCAAAUUGAACACCUACGAGCACGACAUCGCUAUCAUUAAGAUCCAUCGACCGACCGUCUUCAACAGCUAUAUCUGGCCGAUCUGUCUUCCGCCCAUUCAGCAAUCGUUCGAGUCGAAAAACGCCAUCGUUACCGGCUGGGGCACGCAAUAUUACGGAGGACCCGCUAGUUCAGUGCUGCUGGAAGCCGAGAUCCCGGUAUGGCCCCAGGAAAGAUGCGUUCGCAGUUUUACGCAACUGAUCCCGAAUACCACUCUGUGCGCCGGCGCUUACGAGGGCGGCCGUGACUCCUGUCAGGGCGACUCGGGCGGUCCGUUGCUGCAUCAACUUGCCAACGGCAGAUGGGUCAACAUCGGGAUAGUAUCCUGGGGAAUUCGCUGCGGUGAACCCGGAUAUCCGGGGAUAUAUACCCGCGUUAGCUCUUACCUUGAUUGGAUAUUUGCGAACGCCGUGUUUUGAGAGUUACAUACCACCAGCCGCCACUCACACGUGCCAAAGAUUUUUCUACUUUUAUACAUUUAGAAUUUCUUGCACUUAAAACAACAUUCAUUUGACAAAACGAUCCUUCCGGCUCCGAUCGACGGCGCAAAAGUGAAUUUAUUCAAACGGCUACCCAAUCGGACGCCGAAUUGACUGUUAAAAACAAUCUUGAAAACGAUUAAACUUUAUUUUCGGAAUAUUCAUUGGUACAUCGUUGAAAGAGAGAUUGACACAGAUAGAAUUUCACUCUUUGCGAUGCGUCACAUCCCCUCGUGCCCACCACAUCACGUUUACAACAGGGGCAACCGCGGAGUAUCAUCAGCCACCUGCACCGUUUCGUACAUUAAACACGGGUAUGCAAUCGCGACCGCAUGUGCACAUACCUAUCUCGUGUGUAGUACGUAUAAAUGUACGUGUGUGCGUGUAUAUGUGUAUGUGUGUGUCUUUCGCAGUAUAUGCACUCCCGCAUAUUGGUUAAUUAAUUUCUUAGACUCGUUUCGCGAGAGGCCCAGCCUCCAUCCAUUUCACGAACAUUCGCCCUAAACAUUGACGUUAGCUAUGGUAACUUUUGCUUCUGCAGCCAUAUACAUAGAUAUAUAAUCUAAUCUCGUAACAUAUACAUGUACCUGCGUAUACAUAUAUAUCUUUUUUUUUUGUUCUCUUUUGUAUAUUUAUAUAUAACAUCCUUACACAUAUAGGUACGGAAUUGUGUUGUUUGCUUGGAUCUCGCGACGCGUUGCGAACGGUAAUGUUUGCCGUGUCGGGUAUGCGACGAUAAACACUGUGGCCGAGCUACGUCUUUCAUGAUGCUUACUUGUAAUCCGAUGAUUUCGCAGAUGAGUUCGGAAGGAUCAGAGGAGUUCGAAAAAUAUUUUACCGCAAAUAAAAAUCUUAUAUAUAUUGGAA